AUGGAUACCCUCCCUGCUCACUGGGUUUGGCCUCCUCUUGACGCGCCUGAAGAGCGUCGCGACGGAACAAUGACCAAGCGGAAGUUUAUGGCGCUCUUCGAACUUUUGUUUUGGUUCAAUCUGAAGAACAUCAGGGGGGAAGAACGCAUCAACCCGGCGUGGAAGGUGAGCUGGGUGGUGUCGCGGAAGAGAGACACGAUCGCAGAGAAAGAUGGAGAGAUGGAGUAA